GUGAGGACAAGGCAAACUCAGGGUAGGGAGACUCCCUCACCGGUGGGGAGAAAGACAGGAGUUGUCUCCACCAUGGCCGGAACAAAGGCACUUCUGACGCUGGAGAACUUCAUUAAUGGAAAGUUUGUACCUUGUAGCUCAUAUAUCGAUUCUUAUGAUCCGUCCACGGGGGAAGUAUACUGCCGGGUGCCAGACAGUGGAAACGAAGAGAUCGAAGCCGCAGUGGAGGCCGCCAGGGCAGCGUUUCCCGGCUGGUCGGCCAGGAGCCCCCAGGAGCGCUCACAGGUGCUGCACCGGCUGGCGGAUCUGCUCGAGAAAUCCCUGGAGGACUUGGCCCAGGCAGAAUCCAGAGACCAAGGGAAAACCAUAACGUUGGCAAGAACCAUGGACAUCCCCCGGUCUGUGCAGAACUUCCGGUUCUUCGCCUCCUCCAUCCUGCACCACACAUCAGAGUGCACACACAUGGACCACGUAGGCUGUCUGCACUACACCCUGCGGGCCCCCGUGGGGAUCGCUGGUCUGAUCAGCCCCUGGAAUUUGCCACUCUACUUGCUGACCUGGAAGGUGGCUCCGGCCAUUGCUGCCGGCAACACCGUCAUAGCCAAGCCCAGCGAGCUGACGUCAGUGACGGCCUGGAUGAUGUGCAAACUCCUGGAGACAGCAGGUGUUCCACCAGGUGUGGUAAAUAUUGUGUUUGGAACGGGGCCCAAGGUAGGCGAGGCCCUGGUGUCCCAUCCAGAGGUACCCCUGAUUUCCUUCACGGGGAGCCAGCCCACCGCCCAGCGGAUCGCUCAGCUGAGUGCUCCCCAUUGCAAGAAGCUGUCCCUGGAGCUGGGGGGCAAGAACCCCGCCAUCAUCUUUGAGGAUGCCAACCUGGAGGAGUGCAUUCCCACGACCAUCAGGUCCAGCUUUGCCAACCAGGGUGAAAUCUGCCUCUGUACCAGCAGAAUCUUUGUCCAGAAGAGCAUCUAUAGUGAAUUUUUGAAGAAGUUUGUAGCAGCUACCAGAAUGUGGAAAGUUGGCAUUCCCUCCGAUCCAUCGGCCAGCAUGGGAGCUCUGAUAAGUAAAGCUCAUUUGGAAAAAGUCAGAAGUUACGUCAAGAAAGCCCGCGCCGAAGGGGCCCGAAUUCUGUGUGGUGAAGGGGUGGACACGUUGAGUCUCCCCCCCAAGAAUCAGGCAGGAUAUUUUAUGCUUCCCACAGUCAUAACAGACAUUAAGGAUGAAUCCUGCUGCAUGAAGGAAGAGAUAUUUGGUCCAGUGACAUGUGUCGUCCCCUUCGAUAGUGAGGAGGAAGUGAUUCAAAGAGCAAACAGUGUUAAAUACGGGUUGGCAGCAACUGUGUGGUCAAGCAACGUGGGCCGUAUCCACCGAGUGGCUAAGAAGCUGCAGUCGGGCUUGGUCUGGACCAACUGCUGGCUCAUCAGAGAGCUGAACCUCCCUUUCGGGGGGAUGAAGAGUUCCGGGAUAGGCAGAGAGGGAGCCAAAGACUCUUAUGAAUUUUUCACUGAAGUCAAAACAAUCACCAUUAAGCACUGACCUCGGCCAGUGGAGAAGCUGUUAUGGUCAAUGCUCGGCUGUAGAGAAUCAGUUGUCCAACGUGGUGAGCAGACUCACCAACAUAAAUUCUAGCCACAUCUUGACUUAGCGGGUUUUCUCUACCUUAUCCUCGGUAGUUAGUAUUUUUAUCUGCUGUCAAAGAGAUGCUGUCUAUUUUCACUGUGGAGUCAAAGAAGAGAAGACUUCUGAACAGGAAGGCACAAAAAGGGAGCCAAAGGAUUGUCAGGUUUCCUCUAUGUUGUGUCUUCACUUUUUUUUUUCAUUGUUUUGAUUGAAUUCUUGGUAAUUUAAAGACAAUCUUUUUUUGUUUUUUUGCUUCUUUUUUUUUUUAAUUUGAGAGGGAGAGAGAGAGAGAGAGAGAGAGAGAGAGAGAGGAUGAG